AUGAUCGCCUCGCUCGCUCGCGUCCAGAGAGGCCGCAAUGGCAUCUCGGCGGCUCAAAAGGCCAUCGGCGCCACACGCACCCUGGCCACCCCAGCCGCUGACGGUCGCGUCCCCACGUUCCACCCUUCGCGCGUCCCACCGUACACAGAGCUGCUCGCCAACCUCGAAACCGUGCGAGCACAACUCAACCGCCCCUUGACACUCAGUGAAAAGAUUCUCUACUCGCAUCUUCGAAACCCAGAGCAAGAUCUUGCAGGAAUCGGCGCCGAUGUUUCCGCCAUCCGAGGCAAAAAGUACCUCAAGCUCAAGAUCGACCGUUUGGCUAUGCAGGAUGCCUCGGCGCAGAUGGCGCUGCUUCAGUUCAUGACCUGCGGUCUGCCGCGUACCGCCAUCCCUUCGAGUGUCCACUGUGAUCACCUUAUCCAGGCCUACGAGGGCGCAGAGGCUGAUCUCAAGCGUUCCAUCGCUUCCAACCAGGAGGUGUUUGCCUUCCUCGAGUCGGCCUCGAAAAAGUACGGCAUCGAGUUCUGGGGUCCCGGCUCCGGUAUCAUCCACCAGAUCGUGCUCGAGAACUACGCUGCUCCCGGUCUGCUCAUGCUCGGCACCGACUCGCACACGCCCAACGCCUCGGGCCUCGGAUGUCUUGCUAUUGGUGUCGGUGGCGCUGACGCCGUCGAUGCCAUGACCAACACGCCGUGGGAACUCAUGGCUCCCAAGGUGCUUGGUGUUCAUCUCGAGGGUCAGCUCAGCCCGUGGUGCACCCCGAAGGAUGUCAUCCUUCAUCUUGCUGGCAAGCUCACCGUGCGGGGCGGUACGGGCAAGAUUGUCGAGUACUCUGGUCCUGGUCUGCAGUCGCUGCCCGCCACCGGUUUGGCUACCAUGUCCAACAUGGGUGCCGAGGUCGGUGCCACCACCUCUGCUUUCCCUUUCACUCCUGCCAUGGCCUCGUACCUCGAGGCGACGGGACGCGCCGAGGUGGCUCGGGCUGCCGAGAAGGCGGCGGGCCAAGGCUUGUUGGCCGCCGACGAGGGCGCCGAGUACGACGAACGCAUCGAGAUCAACCUUUCCGACCUCGAGCCUUGCCUCAACGGUCCUUUCACUCCGGAUCUCAGCACUCCUCUUUCCGAGUUUGUUGCCAAAGCCAAGUCGGACGCCCGCGACCACCCUGUCGAGCUCAGCGCCGCGCUCAUCGGCAGCUGCACCAACUCGUCGUACGCCGACAUGGCGCGCUGCGCCUCGCUUGCUCAGCAGGCUCGUGACCGCGGUAUGAAGGUCAAGUCGAGCUUCGACGUUACGCCUGGUUCCGAACAGGUGCGAGCCACCGUCGAGCGCGAUGGCAUCCAGCAGGUCUUGACGGAUGUCGGCGGACGUGUGCUCGCCAACGCCUGCGGUCCCUGCAUCGGCCAGUGGAACCGAAAGGAGCUGCAGGGCGAGGACAAUGUCAUCCUCACUUCGUUUAACCGAAACUUCCGCGGACGCAACGACGGCAACUCCAAGACAUGGAACUUGCUCGCCUCGCCCGAGAUUGUUACCGCCAUGGCAUUCGCUGGACGCCUUGACUUCAACCCCAUGACCGAUACGCUGACUGCGCCCGACGGAAAGCCGUUCAAGUUUGAGCCGCCGUCGAGCGAGGUCUUGCCGCCCAGUGGGUUUGCGCAGGGUGACAUUGACUAUCUGCCCACACCCAUGCCCGAGCCGCAGCCCGACACCGAGGUGCUCAUCAGCCCUACUUCGGCGCGUCUCGAGCCGCUGCAGCCCUUCUCGAGCCCCUUUGCCGCCACCGCCGCCGAGGGCAAGUACGAGCUGCCCAGCAUGCGCUGCUUGUUGAGGAUCAAAGGCAAGUGCACCACCGAUCACAUCUCGGCCGCCGGCCCGUGGCUCAAAUACAAGGGCCAUCUCUCCAACUUGGCCGAGAACACACUCAUCGGCGCCACCAACGACGAGUUUGACGCUGUCAACGUCGCGCAGGACUACCAGACGCGCAAGCAGGACACUAUCCCCGGUGUGGCCAAGAUCUUCAAGUCACGUCAGCAGCCCUGGAUGAUGGUCGCCGAUCACAACUAUGGCGAGGGCUCGGCGCGUGAGCAUGCUGCGCUGCAGCCGCGAUUCUACGGAUGCAACCUGAUUGUCGCUCGCAGCAUCGCACGUAUUGCAGAGACCAACCUGCGCAAGCAGGGCGUCUUGACGCUGCUGUUCGAGAACGAGGACGAUUAUCUCAGGAUCGGAUCGGGUGAUUUGGUCGAGACGGUCAAUCUGACGGAUCUGAUUCGACCCGGUGGAGAUCUGGCCACACAGGUCAGGUUGAAGGUGACCAAGUUCGACGAGGACGGUGUCACGGUCAAGGAGACGUUUGAGUUGCCGACCAAGCACUCGUUGAGUGCUGCGCACUUGGACUGGAUCCGCGCAGGCUCGGCGCUCAACCUGAUCCGCGAGCAGGCGGCCUCGUCCGCGUCCGCGUCCGCGUCCGCAUCUGCGGGUGGAGCCUCGGGUGCGUUUGCGGCGGUCAAGUCGGCUGCCAGCAAGAUCGGUGCUUCGCUCGGCGGUGUUCGUGGGUAUGCUACGGCUGCGAAGCCAGGCAGCGGCGGUGGAUCGCCCAACCCGAACGACCCCAACUAUGUCCCUCCUGCAGCAGACCCGCGCACCGAGUCGAUCCGCAAGAUUGUCUACCCGCCUUCGCCCGUUUCGGCCAAGGACAAAGCCGCACACGCCGCCACCUCGGCUGCUGCCGUCCUGCCGUUCGGCGCCGAAGCUUCAGAGGAAAUCCACUCGACCAUCACGCGCGCCUGGCUUCUGUUCCAGCGCACACAGCGCGAAGAGCUCGCUGCGCGUCUCAACAAGAAGCACCAGCGUCUGCGCGAGGCCCUCGCUGACCUCCGCGCUACCGACCAGCGCCUCUAUGAUGCAGCGACGUACAAAGUGGCGCCGAACAAGAGGAGCCCCAAAGAGCACAGGAAGCUGGUCGAGCUGGGGCUCGUGACGCUGCCCGGUGCACCGCCGAGAGCGGACGCACCGACGGGAGCGGAGGCUAGGAGGCUCGUCAAGGCCGUGGCCGGUGGAGCGAGGUUGGAGGGCUUGUUCCCGAGGGAGAUGCGCGUGCCCACUGCUACGCCUGGUCGCAAGGGUUGGCCGAGCUUUGAGGGUGAGGGUGCACAGUGA